GUGAGAAUGGAGCCAUGUAAAAGAAGUGGUAAUACAAAAGAACACAAUUAGAAGAAUGAAUGCAGAUUAUAAGUGAUCAAAAUCAGACCUUCUUCAAUGAAUUCUUUCUCCUUGGAUUUCAGAAUCUCCAAAAUUUCAGGAUUCCAGUCUUCAUUCUCAUUCUUAUAAUAUAUGCCAUCAUAAUGAGCGGAAAUAUUAUCAUUGUCUUUUUGGUGUCCAAGAGUCACACCUUACAUUCCCCCAUGUACUUUUUCCUCUGUCAUUUGUCAUUGUGUGAUAUCUUAUUUACCUCAAACAUUGUGCCCACCAUGCUUCAUGUUAUAUUGAAAGAAGGCAGUUCUAUUUCCCACUUCUGUUGCCUCACCCAACUUCAGAUUUUUGGUUCCUGUGGUACUGCAGAGUGCUAUAUUCUCACUGUAAUGUCUUAUGACCGAUAUUUAGCUAUUUGUGACCCACUGCAUUACUCUACUGUCAUGGACUUUAAAAGGUGCAUUAGUCUUGUUGCAUUGUCCUGGUCAUUUGGCUUUCUGUUUGCUUUAAUUUCACGUGUCUUGCUUGGUGGUUUACAGUUCUGUCAUCUUAAUAUUAUUGACCACUUCUUCUGUGAUUUCCUUCCUCUAUUAGAGCUUUCCUGUUCGGAUACAUUUAUAGUUGAAAUGGAAGCUUUCAUGGUUAUUCCAUUUAUUGUUCUCUUCCCAUUUGUAUUUGUCAUUGUCACGUAUGUCUAUAUCUUCUUCACCAUCUUCGGCAUCUCCUCCACUACUGGGAGACAGAAAGCCUUAUCCACGUGCAGCUCUCAUUUGACAGUUGUGUGCUUAUUUUAUGGGACACUAAUUAGUAUCUAUCUCAGUCCAUCCAGAGGAAAUGCAUUAAAUAUAAACAAGUUCACUUCUCUUUUUUACACUGUGGUGACCCCAUUGUUUAACCCCAUUAUUUAUAGCAUGAGAAAUAAAGAAAUUAGAAAAGCAGUUCAUGUAUUAUUUAGGGAAAAACGGGUACGUUCAAUGUUUUCUGAAUCUUAGAGAAGAUAUCUCUCACAUCAUAGAAGCGUAUAGAACAAUAUGGCUCCAA